AUGUCUGACCCUGUUGCCAGCCGGAGGCUCCAGUUUUAUCUGAUCCCGAAACAAGCCCCCCCGCGGCCGAAUCCCACCGGGCCUAAGCCGGGGACCCCGGUUGUAUCUGACCCCGAAAAAGCCCCAUCGCGGCCGGGUCCUACCCAACCAAUCACUGCGCCUCCAAAGCCGCCUGCGAUUGCACCUUUCAAUCCAUUUACUUCACCCAAUUCUCCCGUGAAGUCUCCUUCUGUCACUCCUGCUGCUUCUGCUCCUGCUCCUGCUCGACCCGUUUCCGCUCGCCGCCCAACAGUCGAGUCUGCUGUCCCAAGCAAACCCGCAGCUGAUAUUCCCACUCCGUCUAUUAGCAUUCCCUCCGAGUCUCGUCCCGUUGGCGGGCGCCGCGGCAAGUCGGACGAUGACACCAACGGCGCCACUCGAGGCGGCGCGCUCGUUCACGGUGGAGAGGGUACCAUCUCCAGCGCCGGCCUUCAGAUGCCCGGCAAGUUGCUUAAUGAUCCAGAUGAGAAGGGCGCUUUGAAGAUCAAGGUUCACCUCAACCUUCAUGCCAAGGUUCGUCUUGACUUGGACGCUCAAAUCUAUGGCGAUGUUGUUAUCGGACUUCUGUGA